UUUCAGUGCUUGUGGGUUGUCAAAACAGUUGUAAGAAUAAAGUGAAAAUAUUUAUUAAGUGCCGAAACUAUGGAUGACUAUUCGGAAUAUGAAAUGGAUGCAGUUGAUCCAGACGAAUAUGAAGCGAUGUUAGAAGAAGAGGAACGUGAACGAUAUGAAGCUCUUAGUUCGAAUCAGAAUAACGUAGUUAAUAAAACUUCAGAUAAUAUAAGUACACAGGCAUCUAUGUUCACACAACCAGCUACGUCUGAAAAACAUAUUGAAAAUGAUGAAGGAAAUAUUCCAUCUACCGUUCAACGUACACGAAAAGAUUUCUCUACGGUGUUGGCUAGCAUCGACGGCUUCAACGAUUCGAAUACAGAUGACUUUACUGAUAUAUAUGGUUUUGAAAAUGAAAACCAAAAUAAAUCAAAAUCAAAAAAACGUUCCAUCGAAGAUGUUUUUGGUGAUAUUGAUGAUAUUAUAUUAGAGGAACAAAUUCGAAAGAAACCUAAAGAUGAUACAAGAACGAAGCAAUUAGCAUUAAUUGAUCGUAUUUUAGAAAUGCGUAAAUUAUACAAAGAACAGUACAAUGCGAUAUCUUCGAUUACGGGUAGUGUUACGAAUUCACGGCAUAAUGUUACUUACAAUCGAAAUAGAAACUUAGAUAAUAUCUCAGAAAUUGUACCACGAUGGCCGUCAAUCCCGAUCAAAAAAGCUAAUGGUGAAAGAUUGUAUAUUCGUUUCCAUUCUGAACAAUACAUGGAAGAGGAAUUACAAAAUGUAGCGUCAAAAAAUGAUUUUAAAGGAUUUAUUGGUAGUUCAUUUAAACCUGUUUGGGAAGAAGCACAAAAGAUUGUUGGUAAAUUAUAUUCAAAUGAAAAUAAAAUUCUGGAAACUAAAGAUGAAAUCGUAAUAGAUGAUUCGAAUCAACUAUGGGUUGAAAAAUAUAAACCGCGAAAAUACUUCGAACUCUUAAGCGAUGAAGAGACAAAUAAAACUUUAUUACGUUGGAUAAAACUAUGGGAUAAACUUGUUUUUAAUCGUGCACCAAAAAUCAAAGCGAAACCUAAAGAACCUACAUCAAAAUGGGAACAGAAACAAGAAAUGGAAUUUAAAUUGGAUGAAGAUAAUCGUCCUUUGCAUAAGGUGGCUUUAUUAUGCGGACCACCAGGCUUAGGAAAAACUACAUUAGCUCAUAUGAUAGCAAAACAUGCGGGAUAUAAUGUUGUGGAAAUAAACGCUUCGGAUGAUCGCAGCGUUGAGGCCUUUAAAAAUGUUUUAGAGAAUGCCACACAAAUGAAAUCUGUUCUAGAUAAAGAAAAUCGUCCAAAUUGUUUAAUUUUGGAUGAAAUUGAUGGUGCUCCAAUACAAGCUGUGGAUUAUUUAAUCAAAUUUAUAAAUGGAACACAUAAAGUUAAGGGUAAAAAGGCUGGUAAAAAACCGUCGAUUUUAAAACGUCCCGUAAUUUGUAUUUGUAAUGACGUUUAUACGCCGGCUUUACGGAAUUUACGUGCGAUUUCAUUUGUUAUUCAUUUUCCAUCGAUUGCUAAUACACGUUUAAGUGAACGCUUAAUGCAAAUUGCACGAUUGCAAAAUGUUAAAACCGAUGUUGGAGCUCUGUUGGCAUUAUGUGAGAAAACUCAAAAUGAUAUUCGUGCGUGUUUAUCCGUUUUACAUUUUUUCAAAUCACAAAAUAAACCAGUGAAAUUAACGGAUGUUUAUAAAUCAAAUAUCGGACAAAAAGAUACACAAAAAACAUUAUUUAAUGUUUGGGAGGAGAUAUUUCAAAUUCGACGGUGUCGUCCAAAUGAAAUUGAACAAUGUAGUGUGAUAAAUGUAUUACCAACAUUAGAUAAACGUUUACAUGAUAUUUUACGUACGGUUGGUAGUUUUGGUGAAUAUGAUCGUUUAAUGUUAGGUGUUUUUGAAAAUUAUUUAAAAUUAAAUUUAACUGAUUUUAAAAUUGAUGCAAUUUGUGAUGGUUUGGACUGGUUUAUGAACAAUGAUAUAUUGAAUAAAGUUAUUUAUGAACAUCAAAAUUUUGUGUUGUUACCGUAUGUACAAUAUAGUUUUGUUAUGUGGCAUUUCUUGUUUUCAACAUUGAAAAAACCGAAAAUUGUUUAUCCAAAUGCUGAUUAUGAGGCAUUAAAGAAAAGUCAAGAAACCAAAUCAAUAUUACGCGAUUUAGUGAACGGAAUGGCACCAAAAAUGCGUAUUUAUGUACAGACAACGCCAUUUGUAUGUGAUACAUCAUCGUAUAUCUUAGAUAUUAUUUGCCCACAAAUGAAUUCUGUUAAUAUUAGUUUAUUAAAAUCCGAAGAUAAAAAAGUUUUAGAGAACGUUGUGGAUGUUAUGAUUUCAUAUAAUUUAAAUUAUAUCCAAGAACGUGAUGAAACUGGUACAUAUACAUUCCGUUUGGAUCCAAAUAUAGAACAAUUAAUUAAUUUUGGCAAAAAUCAAAACGAACAUCGUCAAUUAUCGUACUCGGCAAAACAAUUGAUUGCACGGGAAGUGGAAUUGGAAAAAAUGCGACGUCUUGAAUUGAAUAUUGCUGAUUUUAAAAUUGGAGGUGAUGAUAUGGAGACUAGUCAAUUGGAGGACCCCAGUAUCUCAAGUACACCCACAAGAUCAACUCAAAAUCAUUUAAUGAAAUUGCAGCCGAAACAAUUGGGCUCAACUACUGAAACAACUAAGAAGGUCUAUCGUGAUUUUUUUGGACGCAUUAUCAGCCAACCUGUCUUAGCUGCUUCAGUAAUUCAAAGAGAGGUGUCCAAUAUGAAUAAAGGUGAUAUAUGGUAUCAUUUUAAAGAAGGGUACAAUAAUGCUGUUCGGAAGAAUAUAAAAAUCGAUUAUUUUAAGUGA